AUGCCCUCGAUGCCUGACGAUAUAAGUAUCGACAUGAAGCCAUACUUUCGAGUUCUUCAACAAGAUGGACCGAUAGCGAACGCGACUUCAGAGCGGCUGCAGUUAUCAGAAAACCUUGAAGAAGCUCUGCAUACGCUGCGAGACCAGAAUGCGGACACGCUCGAGGACUGGGAUUUCAACAAGGAUCUUGAUCACCCUUAUCGGAAAUUUGAUCAAUCCAAACAUGUCUUCAUCGGCCCCUUGGCACAAGCGCUAGAGACACAACACCAGAAGGACCUCAAGAUACUAUCCGAUUAUAUCACUGAGCGUUUGGCCCUGGAUUACGAGAAGCUAGAACAGCUGUCAUCUACAGGAUGGAUCUUGGAAAUGCUAAGCAUCGUCUCAGAUGUAUUACUUGUGGAACAUAUACAAGACAUCCAAUGGAACAAUGAAGUCUUUCAACAGCGCUUAGUUUUGGAUCAAGACAAGAAGGAUUUGGUGGAAGCUCUGGUUACGGUCCAUGUCGAAAAGAGCCGCGACAUCAAGACUGACUUCAUGGACGGAAAAGGUGAAGGGCUCAUUAUGCUGCUACAUGGAGGACCAGGGACCGGUAAAACUCUUACAGCUGAGAGUAUCGCCGAACUCGUGCAACGUCCAUUGUAUAGGGUAACAUGCGGUGAUAUCGGCACCGAUGCUGAAAGCGUUGAGAAAUAUCUUGAGAACGCCUUAUCUGUUGGAAGCACCUGGGACUGCGUCGUUCUUCUGGACGAAGCUGACGUGUUUCUUGAAGAGAGGAACAAGAUGGAUCUCCAGCGCAACGCGCUAGUCUCCGUGUUCCUGCGCGUUUUGGAAUACUACGAUGGAAUAUUGAUCUUGACGACGAACCGCAUCGGCACCUUCGACGAGGCUUUCAAAUCUCGUAUUCAGCUUGCGCUUCAUUACCCGCCUCUUGAUAGCAAGGGCCGUUGGGAAGUCUGGAACAACUUUGUUGACUCCCUCUCGGAGGCUGGAGAAGACAUGAACGCUGAAGAGAUCGGACGGAAGCUCAAAAUCCUUUCGCAACAUAAACUGAAUGGACGGCAGAUCAGAAACACUAUCAACACGGCUCGCCAACUGGCUCGGUUCAAGAAGGAGGUUUUGCGCUAUGGACACUUGGACAAGGCAGCCAGAGUGAUCAACGAGUUUGAGAAGUACGUGACCGACGUACACGGUCAUGAUGAUGAGGAGUAUGCGCGAGAUCAAGGCUUGAGAAAUGAUGAGGUCUCGCGUGAGGUGGAUUAA